AUGGGUCAAAGAACAUUAUGGGAUCCUGCAGCGACCAUGUGUCUAAUCAAAGCGCGUAGACAGCACGACGUAGAAUUUAGAGCAAACAAGCGAACGAAACAAGUAUGGAUCAAAGUUUCGUCCUAUUUGCGGAAUAAUGGACAUCAGUUUGACCACCACCAGUGUCAUGUAAAAUGGAAGAAUCUAUUACGAGAUUUCAGGCAAACGAAACGAGAAAACAUGUCUUUGCAAGACGGUCUACAGAAAGAAAUGACAUCUGGAACUAAUCUAUAUAAGAUGAUAGAUAACUUUAUUGAACUCAAAGACGACUCGAGCGAUUUCCAAGAAAACGAUUCAAAAAACUCAUGGGACCACACUAGCAGUUUACAAUCGGACGAUGGACAACAACCGCCUUUGCUCAACCGCCGUCCCUCCAUCACAGACAAUCUUGCCAUGCCAUCCAAUAUUCGUAAUUUCCAAACACCUCCAUUCAUUCCUCAGACAUCGCCUCCUGUUGGACUCCCAUCCCCAAUCCAGCCAAGCACGACUGGAAUAACACCGAACGGGCCAUUACCAAAAAUAUCACCUCUGGCUGCUGGAAUCCACACUAAUAAUAAUAUACGUCCCCGCAAGAAGCCAACAAAAAGAUUACGACCGGAUAUAGACCAGUCAUCGCUUUCAGAGGAUUUGAUCAUGUCCCAUGCCGUAUCGAUUCCUACGGCAUCCAUGUCUCCGCAAAGCGCAUCGCCGAAUCAGCGGUUAUUUCAGCGAGUGUCUGUGCAUACUCGAAAGAGAUCUCCAUUCAAGGAAAACAUUGUCGUUGGACAUGGAAUGACAUUUAAGGAUUUAUUAGAUUAUGUGUUUCCUCAUAAUCCUCCAGAUAGGAAGCGGUUUUCUGUGAAGACUGCCUUGGAGAAUGGAAGCGAGUUUAUGCCCAAUCAGUUGAUCGAGGCCGUGUUGGGUUCAAGGGAGUAUAUGGAUCUAUGGAUUGAUAUUGAAGACGAGGUGGUCGAUUAUAAUGAGCUUUUCUAA